AUGGCCGACGACGAGAGACCUGCCAAGAUGCAGAAGAGGGAGCACAGCCCGCAGACCGAGGAGGCUGCCUUCGCGCAAACCGCUCAGCCUGCCGCCGCCAAUGGCUCAGAAGACAACACCACCACAGCCGCCGCCCAGCCCGACUCUGUGCAGACUGGCGCCGCGAACGAUAAUGACGAUGCCAUGAGCGUGGACGACAAUGCAGGCGACAAUGCCGAAGCCUCGACCACCGCCGCCGCUUCCUCCGACCAACCCGCCAAACCAGGCCCGCCGCCCGGCAUGACCAAGUCAGCAUGGAAGAAGAUGAAGCGACAGCAAGAAUGGGAGGCCGGGCGCGACGCCCGCAAAGCGCAGCGCAAGGAAAAGAACAAGGCGCGCAAGGAGCGCAAGCGCCAGGCGCACGCCAAUGGCGAGGACAACAACGGAGGGGCUCUCGACCACCCGCACAAGGACCAGCGCGAGGCGCAGCAGAAGCUUCGCAACCAGAAGGCUGUGCAGCUGCCUAUCACAUUCAUAUUCGAUUGCAGCUUCGACGAGCUCAUGAUGGAUAAGGAGAUGAAGAGUUUGGGGCAGCAGAUUACGAGGAGUUACUCGGAUAACAGGAAUGCGCCGUACCGCGCGCACCUGUGUAUCUCGAGCUUUGGUGGGACCUUGAAGGAGAGGUUCGACGGGCUGUUGAACCAGCAUUACAAGUCGUGGAAAGGUUUCAGGGUAUUUGAGGAGGAUUUCGUCGAGGUUGCAGAGAAGGCGAAGGAUUGGAUGAAGGAUUUGAAGGAGGGUGGUCGUCUGGCUGGGACGCUGGCUGAGAUCGCCGCUCGCGAGAAGAAGAAUGCUGCGGAAGCGGGCGAGAGUGCGGAGGUGACACCGAACAAUGAUAAGGAGGGAGAAAUUGUGUAUCUGUCGUCCGAGGGCACCGAGACUCUCAACGAGCUGAAGCCAUACAGCACCUACAUCAUCGGCGGCCUAGUGGACAAAAACAGAUACAAGGGUAUCUGCCACAAACGUGCCACCGAGCGAGGCAUCAAGACUGCGAAGCUGCCCAUUGGCGAAUUCCUGCAGAUGAACAGCCGCAGCGUAUUGGCGACGAAUCACGUCAACGAAAUCAUGCUGCAGUGGCUCGCUUGCGGUGAUUGGGGCGAGGCCUUCAUGAAGGUUAUCCCGAAGAGGAAAGGAGGCCAGUUGAGGAGUACGGGCGAAGAAGAUGACGAAGAGAAUGACCAGGAGAAUGCGGAAGCCGAGAUUGGUGAAGCUGCAACUGCGGAGGAGGCGAUAGACAAUACCCACGCUGAGGCAGGUUCUAGCACAACAGCAGCUGAGACAGCAGCCAACCAAGCCUCGGAGGCCGCAGAAGCCAAGGCUGAAUGA